AGCGUCAUGAAGGGCGCCGCAGAUAUACAGCGGACGGCCUCCCCGCAUUUGCGAUCCGUUUGUGUUUUGCAAAGCUAUUCCGCUAUGAAGAUUUGUUUAGCUCACUGAAUGAGUUGAAAUCUUACCUUUAAUAAUUGUUCAUGAGAAGCGCGGUAUUGCUGCUGUUGUGUCCGUGUAUUGUGGCAAUACUGAUCCAUGCCUGGUUGAGACUAUAUAAACCGUCAGCAGGUGGGCUUUCGGUCGAUGUGCUGGUGGGGAUUCUUUCGGCGCGACACCACUAUGAUCUCAGGGAGGCGAUAAGGGAGACCUGGAUGGGAUAUCUCCGGGACCAGCCCUAUUUCAGACAUAGAGUGGAGGUGAAGUUUAUUGUAGGUCGGCAUGGCUGUCACAUACCAGAGGAGGACAAGGAAGACCCAUACUCCUGUACCCUGCUGAACCUGUCAGAACCAGGAGCACAUGUGGCUGGACAAGAGGUGGAGAUUGUCAGCAAGCUCCAGGCACCUGUCCUAAGCCCCUCUGACGUGCCAGUGAUCAGCCUCGACUUCAGGGUUCUGCAUCCCGUCGUGAUCACCCAGUUAGGGGUGUUCCCCAGGGGCCCAAACUGGGAACUCCCUGGGAACCUGUCAGUCACGCUCUUCCCGCUGGAUCAGGAGGAGCCAGUGAUAAGUGUCCAAUUCGGCCGUGACAGCCCUGGGACAAACAAGAAUGGAGUGUGGUACAAAACGGUGGAGAAGUUUAUCCUACCCAAGGGUUUUGAAGGGAUGCUUCUCUGGGAGGCCCUGGAUCCGGCCGAUCUGACGAUGGCAAACGUCUCACAGGUGUGCUGGGACACCGGUGGAGGAGUGCUGAAGAUAGCCACCGUUGAAGAUGGCAUAUUGCCACACAGAGACGCACGUGGGUUCCCUGGAUUAGCAGGAGGAUUCACCUUCUCCAUCUACGAUACGGCGGGGCUGUCGGAGAUGCUGCAGGGGCGCCCUGGCCGGAUGAGCACCCAGGAGUCCCUCCUGGCGCAGGAGGAGGAGCUGCUGGAGCAGGAGAGUCAGCGGCACGGCGACCUGGUGUUCGUGGACAUGGUGGACACCUAUAGGAACAUCCCGUCCAAGGUCCUGCAGUUCUACAAGUGGUCACUGAGAAAUACUGACUUCAGGCUGCUGCUGAAGACUGAUGACGACUGUUACAUCGAUGUGGAUGCUGUGCUGAGGAGAAUCAAGGACCGGCACCUGAGCAGGAAGAACUUCUGGUGGGGAAAUUUCAGGCAGAACUGGCCAGUGGAUCGGGUCGGGAAGUGGCAGGAGCUGGAGUACUCUAGCCCAGUGUACCCUGCCUUUGCCUGCGGCUCUGGCUACGUCGUCUCCAGGGACCUCGUCGAAUGGCUGGCUUUCAAUGCAGAGAAGCUCAAGGCUUACCAGGGUGAGGACGUGAGCAUGGGUAUAUGGAUGGCUGCACUUUGUCCGGAGAAGCAUCAGGACUCGGGCUGGCUCUGUGAGCAGGCCUGCUACCUGGAUAUGCUGUCCUCCCCCCAGCACACGGCCGAGGAGCUGCGUCUGCUGUGGCGGCGAAAGCAGGCCUGUGGGGACCCAUGCGGGUGUCCCUGGGACCUGGACUAAGUGAGGAGGGCAUGGCUAGGCCUGGGACCCCCAACCCCCCCCCAUCCUCUAAACUGCAAGCUGAUUGGUUCUCUUAGCCUUGGUUUCCAUAACAGACGCCUCCCCUCAAUUUAUUAGGAUUCAUAUUUGAACUUAUGGUCCUACUGAGUUCUUUCAACUUAUUAUAAUCCUAAUGGGAUAACCGGUCUGUCCAAAGGGACAUUUUCCUGUUUUUUUUCUUUCAGCGAAACUGACAGUCACAGGAGUUAGUGUCAAAAAAAUAUUUCCUGCUACAAGCAGCCGCUGACACAGGGAGUAGUGCUGUCAAUCCAAGUUCACUAUUGCAGAUUACUUCACUGUUUCCAGGCUAUCCCCGACAGAGGUCAACUGCGUACACACACUACUGGUGCUCAGGUGUUUGUCUAAAUCAGUCUCAACGUGGGGUGCGUUUCCCAAAAGCAUAGUUGCUAUGUUAGCAACUUGCGUAAUUUGAACUAUGCAAGUACGAUGCUGGUGCUUGCCGAAACCAUAGUCUGGUUCUUGGGCACCCCUAAGCAAUCCGAGUUUUUGCUUCCUCCCAGCUCCCGACCAAUCAAGAACACCGAAUACCUGAUACUGGUGUGUUGGCAGCUGGGCGAAAGCUAUAAUGUGGACUGCUGGGAGGGGGUCCCUGAGGACUGGGAUGAGAAGCACCAGUCUAAGGGAAGUAGUAGCAACACAUUUAGGUCAAAACAACCUUCUAUCCCAUAAAAAAAGAGAGAUUAUUUCUGACGUGACAUUUAAUUAUUAUACAUUUCAUUUAGACAGUAGUUCCAGUAAGCUGUCAAAUAACACACAAGUCGUCUUGGUGGUGUGCUUUUAAAUAUUUAGACAAGCACACUGAGCGUGGGAUUAUGAACACGCUCGCUGUCUGUUCGUGCCCCUAGUCCUUUAUCAGCUCUCUGUGUACAAAGACACCCCUUUGUCUCACAAGCGGCAUGGCUGUAAAUGCCUGAACGUGGCAGGUAGGAGUCCAGCAAACGUUCAGGCAACAAUUAGUCCAGCCUGCCAGACUGUAAAUGGCGCGAUUGUGUUAAGCAGUCUAAAUGGAGCGAAGCCAAGCUUUCCCAGGCAGGGUGGAUCCCAACUUCCUCCAAGGUCACCAGUCAAUCCUAGGUGUUCUGUCAGGACCAUCGGACCAGCACCGUGUCCCCGUCCUCGACGGAGUAGAAUUGCAGCGGCUUCAGGUCGUUGUCGAUCUCGAUCUCCCUGCCCUCCAUCUGCAGUGGGACGGGCAAUGACUCACAGUCACCCUUAGCUGGUUAGUGGCGCGUCGCGUGAUGCCUUGGGCCCCCCCCAGCCCAGACGAGCGGCCCCGGAGCAUCAAAGGCACGGCUUGUUUAUUAUUUCAUCACGCUUUUCAUGCUAAUGACAGGGAGGCACCAUAAUUCAUGAAGAGCCCUGCAUUAUUUAAGGCAAUCCAUUAGCACAGAGCAGAGGUUAAUGCGAUGGUCUGACAUUUGGGGUUUUGGCUACCCUGCGGAUUUACCUUUGAACUGGUGUACGUGAGCCUCAGCUCCGAGUCCGUGACCUUCAGCAUCCGGUGCAGGAGACCCUUCACCUUCUGCACGGUCAUGGAGUCUGGCAUGGAGACGGGAGGGGUUUUGCCGCACAACAUUACCAUUCAUAGUCCAACUACAGAACCGAACAACGUAUUCCCCAAAUGACCCCAACACACCCUCCCCCUAAUCCAUACUUCUCCCACGCUCCCCCAAACUCUCCAAUCUCUAGCCCUCCCACCUCGGUCCAACAUUGUGUCACUAGUCUCAAUGUAGUCCGGUUCACCAGAUCUGCGCCUCUGCCUGGCCUUUCACAUACCCUCACUAAAUGACGCUACAUCAGUUUUGGUGUGCUUUGUCUCUAACUGAAAUAGGUCCCAGAUCAUCACCUAUACUAUGUUCCGGGGAGGUUUGAGGGGAAUAUAAUCAAAUUGACAUUAAAUUCUUGACUGCAGAGAGAGAAUUGUGGGUAAUCCAGUGUGUUUGGUGCCUGUUUUCUCUACUUCCCAAGGUUUUGUGUCCACCCAGUAAUUAAAAAGCACAUUCUGGUUUAGUCCAUCAGCCUGUUUGUUACAUAGUUCUUUGAGAAUAUUAAUAUUGCACAGUUUGUCCGUGCAGUUCACCCCAUGGGUCUGUGCCUAUGGAUACUGGAGUAUUUGCGUAAGUGAUGCUUGUAAUUUGCAGAAUAUCCCACAUUUCCUUGUGUCCCCCACUGGGCUGCCAUAUCUACCUGGGAGCUUCUUCUGGACCGGUGUCCUGUCGGCCAUGUCAGGACAAACGAAAGUUAUAUCUGGGAGCAGAGGACAGACAAAUCGUUUCAGGCCAUGGAGUUCUGUAGAACGCACUGGCAGACGCACCUCAUUUAUCUUCACUUGGGAUGCCCAAAUGGCAAGGACAGAGGAAUGAGUCUCCGGCUUUAGCAGGAGACCGUCUACAGGUGAGCGGUCCCAUAUCUGCUGUGUACCACCAGGGUGACCAACGGGGUUCGUCCCGAGGAAGCAGGGAUGGAUGGAGGAACUUACUCAGUAACUGGUUUUUCAGCGCAAAUGGUUUUUGCCGCUUGAGUUCGCCGUCCUCUGGCGCGCCGUACUCUGUGAAUGGAAGACACAUGCUCUGUCUAUCCGAAAGCAGUGGAGAUAGAUGGACGGAUGGAUACGAUGGAUUUGGUGGGGAAAAGGGCUACAGCAGGGAGGUGCUGUGAUGUAAUGGACUCAUUGUCAGCACAUUCUGUCAUAGACCAGAGCAACGUGAUGUCAGUUUGAAGUAUUUUUGGCAGCUGCAUCUCUAAGUUGGGGGAAAACAAAGGGGUGAAGUAGACUGGCGGCGCAUGGGAGUGUGUUUGGGGUUUUCAGAAUGUCUGAAAGGUGCUGUGAUGCAUCCUGCACCGCCCAUAGUAAAAAAACACCCACGCAUUUUGUUCUCCUUGCUACCUAGUAGGGAAAGGGAGGGCAGAAGACUAAUUUUAUGGCUGCGGGAUAUUCUGAGGGAAGACCUAGAGGAAAACCUACGGGAACCAGACAGUAAAUUUGUUUGUCUCCAGCAAACACGUCUAGUCUACAUUAUAUAAUUACUGUUAUUAUUGUACACAAUAGGCUAUACAAUAAACAAACUGCUAAACUGGAUCCACAAGUUAACAAUGUGGACAGUCUAAGAAGGCAGCUAUAUAUAACAUAUCUAGACAGUGGCAAUUCUAGACCAUUUCAGCUGCAGCGGCCAGAUGCAUUUGACUUCACUGACCCAGUAUUACUUACACUAGAUUGCUGGAAGUAAGAAUGAAAAGAAUUUUGAAAACCGUUAUUUAUGCUAUGCAGUUACAUUUUACAGUUCUUACAAAUAUGUAACUCGCUCAUUUCUUUAGGCUGUAUUGGUUCCACAAGCUUGAUAACUUUGCUUUACACUGCAGUGGCUCCACCACCCAGCAUAGUCCAGUUAAGAGUCCGUCAAGAAAAUGUGCUUACAGUUGCGUUUCCUCCUUUCCCAGCGCAAACCAUUUUUGCCCACAUACAGCGCCUAUCGAAAGUCGUCAUACCCUGUGUACAUCUAUACCUUUUGUAUACAUUAUACCCUGGAAAAUAAAAUACAUUUAGCUAAUUU